AUGUCUUUCCUCGCCGUCCCCCUACUGAAGCUCGGCUUCUCUCAAGCCAAAAAAUACAAAGCCAAGCGCGAUGCCCAAAAAUACCAAGACGCAGGCGUCUACCCACCAAACUACCAACCAGACAACUACCCAUUGAGCGGUUACCCACCCGGCGCAGCCCCAGGGACAACAGUGGACUACACACCAGAAAGCAAGCGCGCCAAGCUCUCCUUCAUGCUCUUCUCAGUCCUUCGAUUCCUCCAAUUCGUCUUUGGACUAACCGUCAUCGGUCUAUACGGUCGAGACGUGCGGCACGACCAUGUCCACAACAAUGCCUGGCAUUCACAAUGGGUCUACGCACUUGUCGCUGCAUUCCUCGCCACAAGCACUGCCCUAAUCCACCUGGUCAAACCAUUCAUCAUGAGCAAGCUCAAGGCCACGACUGCGCCGAACCCGGCUCUGCUGCUGCCGCAGUUCGCGUGGGAGUUCGUCCUCUGUGUGCUUUGGCUGGCGCUUUUCGGUGUCUUUGGGAAGAUGUAUAUUGGCGUUUACCCCAAGGAGGAUGCGAGUGAUGCUUCGAGGGUGAAUCGGAUGCGUCAUGCUGUUUGGAUUGAUGUGAUCAAUCUUGGGUUCUGGGUUAUGUCUGCUUCGUGGGUUUUGAUGCGGUGGUUGAAGAGCCGGAAGGGUGAUAGUGAUGUGGAUGCUGAGAAGGCUCAAAUUUAG